AUGGCGCCUCAGUGCCAGGCUUUGUACGUGUCGGAUGAACGUCGAUGCAGUGAGGAAGCUACCAACGUUAAUGGCCUGUUCUGCUCCUUCCACGCGAGACAGGUCUACAGUUUGUACAAGGGUUACAAGCGCAGAGGUGCCCAAUUAGAUGCUUUGCAGAAAGAUCCCCCCUCCUACCUUUCCGACCGUCAACUUCACAAGGUCACCUUUGACGGCAUAGAUAAUGAGGAAACUCUCAAGACCCUGCACGCCUUCCUCUUCAAGCAGAACGGCUUGCUCGAUCGCUGUAUCCGUGCCCGCAAACUCCAUCACUCACGAUUCUACGCUCUCGAGCUCGACUAUGGCCACCAACACUACCUGGACCAUCUCAUCAGCGAGAAGCACAAUACUGGUCGCGCCCUCGAACGGCUCGAAAGACGAACCGCCGAGGUUUUGUACAAGCAGCAACAAUGGUUCGGCUGGGUCCGUAACCUCGAGGAUAAUGAGGAGAAGGAACGCGACGCCGAAAAGAAGAAGAUCAAGCAAGAGGCUGCCCUGUUCAGGCGUCACUGGAAAGACGUAUCUGCUCGUUUGGAAAAGCUGAGACAGAAAGAGAACAACAAGAGACAAGCAGAGUACCUCGACAAGGUCUGGGAAGAACGAAACAAGUUUGAAGCCGACCUUACAGCCGAAGGAGAAGGCGGUGAAGAAUGGGAUCCAAUCGAAGAUGUUGUCGAGGACGAACGCGGAAGUUAUAUCGACCUCAUUCGACGCUUCUUGUGGCUUGCUGAGCCCGUCACCGUGUCAUCGGAUGAACCAUCAUCUCCGGAAGCUGCCACCUCAGGUGCCUCGCGCUCCGACAAGGAGAAUGAGACCUUCGAAGCUGCUCUCGAGCAGUCUCCCGCCGAGGAACCCAAAAUCUCGCAAGCACUCGUGGAUCCGAACAAGUCAAAGAAUGCCAGGAAGAAAGCACGCCAGAAGGCAAAGGCAUUGGAAGACAAAUCAGCCUCGGCCUUGACCUUGGCCAUCAGAACAUCGGAAUCCGGCAUGGUGAAGCCUGGCGAAGUUCACAUCGAAACACCAGAAGAAGUUCGUACCCGCCUGCGCGAAGGUCAAACGAUGAAUGGCGUGCUGCAAACUUUUGAUCCCGAAGACCCUACCAAGACGCAAUUUCUCACGGACAAGACAUUUCCUCUUGCUGACGACGAGAUCAACACUCUCAUGCAACAAAUUCCAGACAUCAAGCAGUUGCUGUUUUGUCGACUGUUGCUUGGUUACGCCAGUCUGCUGCCGGCGGCCUUGCGAGCUGAGAAUGUUGAAGAGUUCCUCACCGACUCUUCCGUGACUAACGCAGAAUUGAGAGACUUGUGUCUGAAGAUGGAGCAGCCGGGACUGCAGCAACUUCGUGACGCGUGUGCCGAUCUCGGCCGUGAAGACGAUGAGCCCGAAGACGAUGAUUCCACCCCUGCUGCAAGCACUGAAGUGCCUGCUGGACGUACAAAGUUCACAUCAAGACCUAUGUAUCCUGUCAAGAACGUGAAGACUAAGCGUGAGAAGGAGCUCAAGGAAAAGCGAGAACAAACUAUGCAGGACAACAUGGACUCUACAACCUUCGUUGACUUCGGUGAUGUUGACGAUCAGCAACAGUAUCGUAUCAAGAAGAUUCGUGUUAAGGUCUGCGGUAGAUUCAUCUACAACUAUCCUAGCGAAAAAGCCAUGUCCAGAGGUGGAUGGCUGCAGUUCUCGAUCAUCGCCAAAGACUGUUCCCUGUUCCAAGCAGUAAGCUUAGCUCGAAGUUGGGAUGAAUUCUUUGAGCUUAACAUUCUCACCUGUAACCACUACUUCCCCGCUGCGCAGUGGUCGUCUUGGAUCAGAAGCAUGACGCAUGAGCAGCUACUUCAAGUCGGCUUCAUUCCUUACUAUCAAAUGGAUAAAGCGCAUCAUAUGACACAACACCAUCAGACGGGAUCCAGGGCUCACGGGCAGCGUCGUACUCAUCAUGCUAUUGAGACUCGAAACUUUGUAUGUGCUCACAUGAAGCGUAACGACCCAGUCACCAGACGUUGGAUCCAGUACGCUGUUAUGGAGUCGUACAAGAUGGCGAUCAUGGUCCGUGAUGGUCGAACUGGUAAUGUCAUUGUCGAGCCACCUGAUGAACACAAAUGGCUCAUCAGAACCAAGUCUGGUGUUGGACGAGCAAGUCGAUCCGAAUGGCAAAUCGUCAAGGAGAUUGAUGAGGAGUUCUGGGACACGGUCGAUCGCUCCCGUCAAUGGCACCUUGGCUUCAAGGACUACUACGAUAUCGUAGUCUGGGAUAUUGAGAGUGGUGAACAUUACACUUCCUUGUACAACUCGAUCCAAGAGCUUUUGAUCAGAGCUUUACGCUUCAGAGAUCCCAAGGACUUCUACAAGCCCGCCGAGCAUGUCUUGCGCACACUCACUCGCGAUGAACACCUCUCUCGUGCAAGAGAUCUUCGUCCAGAUGAAGUCGGCAAAGGCAAGAGCAUCUGGGACUGGAUCCACAGCGACAGUACAAGGAUGAGGUACUUCUCGAGAGGCUCCGAUGGCAGCCACAGAGAGGAGGCACCACCUCAACUGCUUUACAAACAAGAAGACAUGUUGGAAGACCAAGUCCUCUUCCCCUGGGAUCGCAAUGCUGAUGCCGAUGACAAUGGUGGUGAAGAAGGUGUGCUCGCGAGUCAAACCGGUAAGAUGCACAACUUUGAGCACCACGGUCUAGAUCUCAAUCGCUGGAUCAACGAUCUCGAUACCGAUGAAGAGCUCAGCGAUACCGAGUAUCAAGAGGUCGAUGAAGGUGAGGACGAUGGCAGCGAUUGGGAAUCUGACGAGGAGUAUGCUGAAGGUGUUAUUGAAGAACUCUCCGAAGCAGCCGGUGUUACUAUCCGCGGCCGCUGGGUCGAUGACCACAACGAAAGAGAGCCUCGUUGGCGCGAUAUGGUUAUGGCCCUCGAGCUGUGGGAGGACCCGGAAUUGUCUACCAUUCGACAGAACAAAGCCGCUGCUGCUGCCCUUCAUGGACCCAGGAUGCCUCCCAAUGACAUGAGCUCAGCAGAAGAGAUUGAGGACAUGAAAGAACAAUGGGAGCUCUUCAUCGACAGGACUAGAGCAAGCAGUUUCAAAGAAGCUUGGCAUAAGGCUGAUCUGGAGCCUGGAGCUCAAGAGAAGUAUGCAGAGAUGCAGAAGAUCAUGAAAGCCUAUGUCGACUUCUUCGCCAAGGGCGUCAAAGGUCCUUGGGCACCGAAUAUGCUAGAGCGUCAGUUCAUGCUUAUGCUGAUGCUCGGCGUUGACCCUGGAGUGCAUCGCAGGAUCAAGCGCGACAUGACUUACGCCAACGCCAUGAUGACUUGCUUCUUCCAGGGAAACAACCCCUUCUUUGCCUCUGCGGAAGGAAAGCCAUGGGACGACUCCAAGCUCUUUGACCAGGAGGCUCGUGCAAAGAUGGUCCCUGAUGUUCGCUCCUCGCACUCGAACCGCACUCGACCAGCCGAUCAAUGGAAGGACUGGGACAAUGUCCGCCACGAGGUGAUGAAAUCCGGCCAAGGAGCAUAUCUCUGGGCGUCCGAAAAGUACCCUCAAGACUGGAAAUACAUCACCAGACCCACCAUAGCCCAUCUCUACCGCCACGGCCUCCUAGCACCUCGUUACCAACCCGCCUACUCAGGCUGCGCCGUCGUACUCUCUGAGCCCGCUCGACCAGGCAAGCCAGAACUCUACUUUGACUUCCGCGAGGACGCCCAAGACAUGAAGCCCCGUCAACCAAUGCAAGACCCACUCAAGGUCAAACCUCUGCUGAAUUCUGCACGCGAGUACGCAGCAAACAACCCAGACGCCUAUUUCUCGUUCAUGCGCAUCUGGUCCGCACCACACUUCUGGCCCUUGAUGCUUGGCUACGACAACCGUGAUGGUACAUCCUUCGCCGAUGACAUUGGUCGCACCUGGGAAUGGAAGUUCGUUCCCAAAGACAUGCCAUUCAGUGAAUGGAGUAUCCAUCAUGCGUUGCGUCUUCGUCUCAACGAGUAUGAAGACAAAAUCCAAGGCAAGGUUUUCCUCAAAGGAGACAAAGUGUUGGUGGUGGGAAAGAACAGAGAGAUGUGUAGAAACUAUUCGACGAUCGCGUAUUUUGCGCUCACGACGAGGCCGUGGAGGUUGGAAGUUGAUGUGUGGAAGAGUUUCUUUGGUGUUAAAUUGGACUUUUUGGAGGAGUUGGACGAGAGGUGGUGGGAGUGA